AAUAAUGUUGUCCUCAAAUGCCCCGGCGCUGUGUGAAGAGAAGGAAACGUCGAUGUAGGACAGAAGCAAAACGGUAAUCAGUGGGAAAUAGUAACAGAAAAACUGUACUUUCGGUCUUUCGAGAGUAUCUUACGUGCGCGGGUUAUUCAGCGUUACCAUGGUUUAUACAUGCAGCAUGAGGAACUUUUUGGUGUUAGCGUGUAUAAUAUGUUUAGACUUAAUAAUAGUUUACGCUUUGGAUCUCGGAGGAUCUUUGUUUACGUCUCGUACUAAUUUCGACUACAAUCUAUUACGGCAAUGGGCUGAAUCUGGACUGCGAUUCAAACUGCUGUACGCAGGAUCUGUUUUAUAUAAAGAUGCAGCCCAUCUCUUAAUAAGGAGGUGGAUUUUAGUCCAUUGUUUUAUUGGUUCGGCAUAUGAAACCGGACGCUCAGUGUUGUUUGACAACUCUCGCCUUGAUAAAUUUAAUUCGUGGCUUGUCGGUACCGUCGCUGCUGCUUUAGCUUGUCUGUUUUGGGAGAUAACGCUGCCUGACACGAAUGGAGAGAGUAACGGCAAAGACAGCAAAAAGAGGGCUCGAGUCCUCCUCAUCCGGGUCAUCCAUCUCUACAAACCAGACUACAUAUUAUUGUGUGGAGCUUUUAUCUUUCUGGCCUUAGCUGUUCUAUUUGAGAUGUUCAUCCCACUGUACACUGGAGAGGUGAUUGACAUCUUGGGUUCCCAUUACCAGUGGGAUAACUUCAAAUUAGCUAUUUUUCUGAUGGGAUUAUUCUCAUUGGGAAGUUCUUUCAGUGCUGGUUGUCGUGGAGGCCUUUUCACAUGUGCCAUCUAUAGCUUCACACGGAGAAUCAAGGUACAACUGUUUGGGUCCCUUGUCAGGCAGGACAUUGGCAUCUUUGAAACCAUAAAGACAGGGGAUAUCACUUCUAGACUCUCCAAAGACACCGAACUGAUGGGCGACGCUGUUGCUUUGAAUGUCAACGUCCUUCUGCGGACCCUUAUUAAGACCCUGGGCAUAUUGUAUCUGAUGCUGAGCCUCUCGUGGAAGCUUACACUACUGAUGCUGAUGGAGACGCCACUUACAGGCUUACUGCAGAACAUAUAUGACACACAUUACCAGAGGCUGUCAAAAGAAGUUCAGGAUUCCUUGGCACAAGCCAACGACAUGGCUGGGGAGGCAGUUUCAGGAAUCAGGACAAUAAAAAGUUUCAGGACAGAACUUGGUGAAGCCCAUCGCUAUAAUGUCCGUUUGAUGCAAACCCAUAAUUUGAAGACCCGCCGGGACACAAUCAGGGUGAUUUACCUGCUAAUUAGGCGGAUGACAGAAUUGGGAAUGAAGGUGGCCAUGCUUUACUAUGGGAGACUCUUCAUCCAGUAUGGACAGAUGAGCACAGGGAAUCUCGUUUCUUUCAUUCUCUAUCAGCAAGACCUUGGAGACAACAUUAGGACUUUGAUCUAUAUAUUUGGAGACAUGCUGAACUCAGUGGGUGCAGCUGGUAAGGUGUUCGAGUACAUGGAUCGAAAACCUGAAGUCAGUAUUAAUGGUAACCUGCAGCCCAGUGAUCUGAAAGGACAUGUCAGCUUUCAGAACCUCACCUUCUCGUAUCCCAGAAGACCCGACCACAAUGUGUUAAAGAACUUCUCUCUGGAGUUGAAGCCGGGUCAGAUGACGGCUCUGGUGGGAAUGUCAGGAGGAGGGAAGAGCACCUGUGUGAGUCUGCUGGAGAGAUUCUACAAGCCUCAGCAGGGACAAAUUCUGUUAGACGGGCAACCACUGGAGAACUACCAACACAAAUACUUGCACAGCAAGAUAGCGAUGGUGGGUCAGGAGCCUGUACUUUUCUCCGGCACCAUACGAGACAACAUCGCCUAUGGUCUGCCCGGCUGCUCAAUGGAGAGAGUAAAGGAGGCUGCCAGCAAAGCCAAUGCUCAUGCUUUCAUCUGCAAACUGGAAAAUGGCUACAACACAGAUGUGGGAGAGCGUGGAAAUCUGCUCUCAGGAGGUCAGAAGCAGCGCAUCGCUAUCGCCAGAGCUCUGAUCAGACAACCUCAGGUGCUCAUACUGGAUGAAGUCACCAGCUCUUUAGACACUGAAAGUGAACAAAUGGUUCAACAGGCCCUGGCCUGCUGCCCCACUCAGACCUUGCUUGUGAUUGCUCAUAGACUGAAGACCAUCGAGAGGGCGGAUCAGAUCGUGGUGAUUGACAGCGGCGAGGUGGUGGAGCUCGGUACACAUCAGAAACUGAUGGACAAGAAAGGAAGUUACUAUAAACUUAGAGAGAGGCUCUUUACUGAUGAAAACACAGCCAGCCAAGACAACGAGAAAUCUGAUAUAGUAAAAGUCCAGGAGUCUAUGCUGAAAUAAUAAUAAUUGUUCAUGAUACAAAUACACCAUUCCAAAACAUUGUUAAUAAGGACAUAUAGGGGGAACAUUAUCCUUUGACCAUUAUCACAUUUCUCAAAGAUUUGUGGUACUAAAUUCUGAACCUGUAAAUAGAAUAAACACAGUGAUGAUAAUCAGUCAAAAUGUUUUAUCAACAAUUUUGAUAAAUGUAAAAUUUUGGAUUUGUUUGUGGUUGUGAUAUUUAAAAAUUAUAAAAAAAACUUUUUUGGUGAAUCUACUUUUUGUUUGUUUGUUUUAUACAGUCUAAUUUCAGAUUUUAAAUCAUCAUUACCUUGUCAUGAAGGUCUGUUCGAUUAAAUAACUGUACUGAAUGAACGUA